ACAGAAUUUUGCCAAAGCUGAGUGAAAGCUGAGGUUUUUGAAGGGUUGUUGAAGGCUGUUCGUUUUGAUUUUGUUUGUGUUGUGUGAUUUGUAGAAAUAAACGGCGGUAGAUUGUACGCCAUAUUUAUUUUCAUUUUCUGCCUUGGAGUUUUACUAUUCAUAUUUUUCUAUGAAAAAACUGGAUGUUGACAGUGCUGACUGCUGAGUUGGGGAUAAAUUGUCCCAAUUGAAAUUAACUUUCAAUAAUAAAUAUUAGGUAAACACUUACUACCUAUAUUUUUGAGGUUAACUAAAAGUCAUAAGCAUUUUCUUGAAAAUGAGCAAAGCCAAAAAGACUUCUACAUCACCAGAACCAGCAGGAGAAACUAACGAAGAAUACAUCGUUGAGAAAAUCAUCGAUAGCAGAAUAAAUGCCAAUGGAGUGAAAGAAUAUCUUCUAAAAUGGAUUGGUUAUAAUGAUGAGGAUAAUACCUGGGAACCUGAAGAAAAUCUAGAUUGUCCCAGUCUCAUCAAAGCCUAUGAAGCAGAAAAAUUGGCAAAAGAAAAAGAGAGAAACAGUAAAAAAAGAAAAGCAGAAGACACUCCAAAGCGCAAGGAUGAUAAGAAAAUCCAUGGUUUUGACAGGGGCUUGGAACCUGAAAAGAUUAUAGGAGCAACUGAUAGCUCAGGUCCACUUAUGUUCCUCAUGAAAUGGGUGGGUACUGAUGAAGCAGAUCUAGUUCCUGCCAAACAGGCCAAUGUCAAGUGCCCUCAAGUUGUUAUCAAAUUUUAUGAAGAACGACUCACCUGGGCUGCUCCAUCCUCAGAAGAGAAUAAGAACAGUUAAUUUUCCUAUCAACACCUCAUAUUCUCUACAUACCUGCUGGUAAAAAGGUAUGUCAAUCAUUAAAUAACACUAUUGAACCUGGCCAAAACUGUAUCCUAGCUAGACUUUACUAUUAUUUUUUGUUCAAGGGGAAGAUGGAAGUUUCUUCUUUGAAUCAAUUCUCCAUUGGAUUAAUCCCAGCAUCAUAAUUGGACAAAUAGUAGAUAAUUGAAAAUUUUUAUUAUUUUUGAAAUGUGAAUUGUUUUAUUGAGAGGACUUGUUGCUAUUCCCUUGGAAACACCAUAGUUUGGGUACCAUUUU